GCUUUUCUUUUUUUUGAGACGAGAAUUUCUUGGUGGGAGGAAGAAGGAAACCAUCGCCUCGCCUUGCUCAACGAGGAAGAAGAAGAAGAAGAAGAAGAAGAGCGACAAGAUGGGCCGCAAGGGGGGAAGCCAGCUCUCGCAGCUCAAGUCGAAGCUGCACAGCUCGGGGAUCACGGACCGGCGGCAGCAGUCGCGCUCGUCGAAGAAGCGCAAGUCGGGCGCCUCGCGUGCGGGCCUGGACCAGCGCGCCGAGGCCGAGGAGCGCCGGCGGAAGCUGGCGGCCAUUGCGUCGUCGUCGGCAUUCAACCCGUUUGAAGAGAAGAUCAGCAAGCCCAAGCAUGAGGUCCUGGGGCGGCGGGUGCGCGGCAGCAUGGGACGGCCGGGCGCGGCCAAGGCGAGUGGACUGGCGCAGCGGCGCGCCACGCUGCUGCCGCAGUACGAGGGCCGCGACCGCAGCGGCGCCUUUCUCGACCGCCGCUUCGGCGAGGGCGACGCCAGCUUGACGCCCGAGGACAAGAUGCUGGAGCGCUUCACGCGCGAGCGCCAGCGCGGCAGCGCUGCUUCUGGCGGCUUGGGCCAAAGUGGAAGCAGCUCGAGCCGGCGCGCGGCCCUCUUCAGCCUCGAGAACGGGCCCGAGGAGGGCCUGACGCACUACGGCCGCUCGCUCAACGAGCUCGACGACAUGGACGACGUGCGGCUGAGCGAUGACGAGGGCCUCGAGGAGACGGCCCAGGCUUCGCACUUUGGCGGCUUUGGCGACGACGGCGAGGACAACGGCGAGGCAGGCGAAGGCCGCACAAAGACAAAGGCCGAGGUCAUGGCCGAGCUCGUGGCCAAGGCCAAGCAGGCCAAGAGCGACCGGCAGCAGGUCAAGGAGCGCGACGAGGCCCUGCGCCGGCGCCUCGACGACGAGCUCGGCGACAUCCGCGGCCUGCUCAAUGCUGCUGCUCCUCCCCCUCCUCCGCCAACAACGGAAGUCGACGCCGUCGUGGCAGGAACCACGAACAAGGACGAGAAGGAGAAGGAGAAGGAAAAGGAAAAGGACCAGUACGACGCGUUUGUGCGCGAGCUCGCGUUUGAGCGGCGCGCCCAGCCCCAGGACCGGCUCAAGACCGAGGAGGAGGCCGCCCAGGAGCUGGCCGAGCGGCUGCGCGUGGCCGAGGAGGCGCGGCUGCGGCGCAUGCGUGGCCUGGAUGACGACGACGAGGAGGAUGGCGACGGCAGUGGAAAGGCACGGCGCGGCAAGCGCAAGCGGCCGGCGGGUGGCGACGACCUCGAGGACGACUUUGACCUCGAUGGCCAGACGGCUGCCGACGCAUACGGCCUGGGUCUCGGUCUGGGUCUGCGGGAGGGGGAGGGCGAUGAGAGCGACGGCGCGGAGGAAGACGAGGAGGAGGGUCAGGAAGGAGACGAGGAGGAUGGAGACGAGGAGGAGGAGGGAGAUGAGGAAGAAGAAGAGGACGACGACUUCGGUGACAUGGCCGACCUCGAGGCCAUGGCCGAGCCGGGCGACGACGUGGAGCUGGCCGAGGAGAAGGCAACACAGAAGAAGGCUGGCCUGCAGAAGACGGCCGGCGCGCAGAAGAAGACGGGCAAGGACAAGGACCUGCCAUUCACCUUUGCCUGCCCGACAAGCCACGAGGCGCUGCUGGCGACGCUCGCCCGCAGCGGCGCCACGACGGCCGCCGAGCUGCACACCGUCGUCAAGCGCAUCCGCGCCCUGCACCACGCCUCGCUCGACCGCGACAACAAGCUGCGCCUCCAGGCUCUGCUUGGCGUCCUCCUCGACCACGCCCUCUACUGCGCGGGCGACGGCCACUUUGAGCACGUGAAUGCGCUCGUGCCCCACAUCUAUGCGCUCUCCAAGACGUAUGCGACGACGGGGGCCGAGCACUUUGUCGGCAAGCUGGCCCUCAUGCAGCGCAACCUGGGACGCGGCCUCGCGCGUGGUGCGCUCACGCCGGGUGCCAAGACGUGGCCAGGAGCGGCAGAGCUGACGCUGCUGCGCAUCGCGGGACUCGUCUGGAGCACGUCGGACCGCUGGCACGCCGUGUGCACGCCCAUGGCCCUCCUCGUGGGCCAGUACCUGGCGAGCAGCCGGCUGCGCAGCCGCCGCGACGCUGCGUCGGCCCUCUUUCUCUGCUCCCUCGUCGCGAGCCACGAGGGCGAGAGCCGGCGUCUCGUGCCUGAGGCCCUCAACUGCCUCCACCAGCUCCUGCUCGCGCUGCUGCCCACGGGCGCGCUCCGGCCCAGCGUCGUGCGCCGCACCAACGAGGCCUUUGGCGUGCCUGCGCCUGACUCCAAUCUCCGGCUUGGUGGUGACGCUGCUGGCGACACUGCCAGACACGGUGCUGACGGUGGCGAUGGCGGUGCCCACGAUGACACUGACGGUGAACUCGACAUCAUCGCGCCCCUCUCCUUCACCGACGCCCUCUGCGCGCAACAAGACAGCAGCAUCGAUGCCCGCGCGCUGCUGGCGACGACGUACGCGCUCAUCGACGAGUUUGCGCGCCUGUAUGCCGGCUCGCCCGCCUUUGUCGAGCUGUUUGAGCCCUUUCGCCGCCUGCUCGUCGACGCAUACAGAGCGGACCCACGUGGCGGCGGCGGCAGCGGCGGCAGCGGCAGCAGCGGCGGCAGCGGCAGCAGUAGCAGUGGCAGCGCACUCGACGCGCGCCGCACCGCCCUCGUCGACGGCUUGACACGCGCGCUGCGCUCGGCAGCGGCCUCGCGGCGCGCACUGCGCCUGCAGGCCCACCGCGCCCGGAGCAUCACCCAGGCCGUGCCCAAGUUUGACCAGCAGGGCUACGACCCCCUGCGCCGCGGCGGCCGGCCCUUUGACCCCGACGCCGAGCGCGCCGAGGCGCAGAAGCUGCGGGCGCUGCUCAAAAAGGAGCGCAAGGGCGCCGUGCGCGAGCUCCGCCGCGACGGCCAAUUUCUUGCUGCUGAGCGCGCACGCAGGCACGACGACGAGGCGCGCGACUACAAGCGCAAGAUGGACCGCAUCCUCGGCGGCCUCACCCAGGAGCGCGGCGAGGAGAAGAGCUACCUGCGCGAGAAGCAGCGCCUCAAGCGCCGUGCCGCCUCGUCCAAGUAGCCGUCUGUCCGUCCAUCCAAGGAGCAGUCUUAUCCAUCCAGGUAGCCGUCUGUCCGUCCAUCCAAGAGCAGUCUUAUCCAUCCAGGUAGCCGUCUGUCCGUCCAUCCAAGGAGCAGUCUUAUCCAUC